UACUAUUGCAGAUUAAUCAAUACUAAUACAUGCAAAUUAAUACUAUUACAUGAUAAUCAAUACCAAUACGACAUAAACAAUACCAAUGCAACAAAAUCAAUACCAAUCAAUAAAAACACUGAUACUUAUUAACCAAUACCAAUACAUGCAAACCAAUACCAAUACAAUUACAUCACUACCAAACAACAAUAUCAUUGCGAAAAAAUUACCAAUAGGAAAAAAACACUACUACUAAAAAAUCACUACCAAUACAAACAAAAUACAUACCAAUACAAACAAAAACUAUCUCUUUCCUAGCCGUUGAUUUUGGCCCGAUGAGAUGCAGAAGAAUAACAGAAGAGAAGGAGAGAGAGAGAGAGAGAGAGAGAGAGAGAGAGAGAGAGAGAGAGAGAAGAUUAAGUUUUUGUAUGAGAUGUGGGUGUAGGGGUGGAGGAGAUGGCAAGGGAGUUGAGGAGAUGGGCGGAGGGUGGGGGGAAAGAGGGGAGGGGAGUGGAUGAGGUGGGCGGAGAAAGAGAGGGGGCGGGUAGUUGGCAGUCGGCUGUCGUCGUCUAGGGUUUGGCUGGAGGAGAUGGUAGAUUAGAGUUUGGGUAGAAUAUAUAGAAUAAUCAGGUGUGGACUAUUUUUUGUUUCCAAAAUUACCCUGAAACAAAAUUAACCGUGAGAUUAAGAAAAGAGGAAAACAAGAAAAAUGGACGGCAGAUAGUUAUGUAGCCACGGUGACUACUAAAAUUUUAGUUGCCACCCUAAUGCUCCGUGGCGUAGCUAGGAAUUUUGUUAAGGUGGUUUGAAAAUAGGUAUAAAAUUUUGUGAAAGGUUAGCAUCAAAAGGCAGUCGACAACCUAACUCAGAUGUUGGGGAACGUCAUCACGUUAUAGACGGAGUUUUUUAGAAACAAUAUGAGAUUUUUUGUCGUUGAACAUAUGGUGAAUACGUUAGGGAAUGACGAGCGGCAAGCGGACAAACCGAGCAGCUAGUAGUUGACAGUUGAUAGAUAAUAAAAGACAGAUGCAAUCGUGUUUCUUGGUUUGAUGUAAAAGAUACUAAUGAAUAAAAAUAUUAGAUGUUAAAACAUAAAAAUAAAAUUACUUGAAACUGAACAAUGUUAAUAUGUUAUAGUGAAAGAGAGGUUGACAGUUCAAUAACCCUUAUAAAAGUGAUAUAAGUUUACCUUUUUUGUGGUUAGAUACUACUUAAGGGCUAUUAUUGAUAAUUUCUAUUUGUGUAUUGGAAAGCCAAGGUGGUGCAGUCAACCCACCUUGGCCCAACGCGGCUCCGCUACGGUUUGGUCAGGUAUUCUUUUCAUAAAUUUGUAGAUCAAAUAAAUCACGAUAAAUUCGUUUCAUCUGUACAAAAAAAUUUAAAAUUCGAGUUAAAAUUGAUGGUGGCAAUGAGUGGUAUAGAUUUAUUUUCUCGAAAUAUAUUGAAAAUGGAUCUCAUUUCGUAGAUCACCAUGAAAAAAAUGAUAACCGACUAGAAAAAAUAACAAGUCAUUAAUUAUCAUUCCUUAAAUCUAGACUUUUUAAAUCUACUAAAAUCUAAGAGGCCGGAUCUAGUUAUGGAAUGAUGUAUAAGGAACCUUAUCCUAUACCCACAUGCUCACAUCCAUACCAUACACAUCUUAUGAGGGGUGGAUCUUGGUCGAUUUCGUUCUAACCGAAAACCAAAAUCUUAGUUAUCGGUUAGCCAAAGUCGUCCAAAUAGCCACCGCCCACCGACACCCAACCGAAGGCCACGCUCGGCUAACCGGCCCACCGAUCGAGCGGUUUUUACUUUUGGGCUCGGUUAGCCGUGAAAAUGAAAUUGUGAUCCGAGGCGGAAGAGGAAAUCGGCAACCUGAGGCGGAAGAGGAAGCCGACGAGCGGAACGACGAUCGUUGUACUGUCUUUGGCUCUCUAAGAUCUGGGGAAGAGGAAGGAGGACCGGGGUCGUGGAGGAGCGAGAUCGUCGGGUCGCGGAGGGGAGGCGACGAGGGAAGGAUUUUUGGAGUCUGGAGGGUGACUGCGGAACGGAGGUCGAAGGACGAGGACGAUGAUUAACAUAUUUGGUUAGAUUUCCGUAUUCGUUUUGGGUGGUGGUGGAAAUUGGUGAGUGGGUCAAAAUGGGGUCGUUUCACAAUAAAUAGAUUAUCUCAUAAAAUUUUGCAAUUCCUACAAAAUCGUCCCUAAUCCGCCCUCCCCCCAAGUCCCAGCUCUGAUUUUCAUAUGAGUGGAGAUUGAAGAAUAAGGCACCAAGAACAGAGGAUUCGUUGUGGGUAACCAACAUCAUCCUCCACCUUCUCAGCCUCUCGAGUACGGUACCUUUCAAGGCGGCGCUAACUACCCGCCACCUCUGCCGCAACCCAUCAUCGGUUUCCCUCAGUAGGUGCCUCCUCCCGACAUCGCUCACUCGUCCUCCCCCGGCGGCGCCGCCUCCUAAUAUACUCAAGGUGAGGUC